CCGGCGCGCCGGGAGCGAGCGAGCGGGCGGGCGCCGGGCGGGCGCCGGGCGGGCGGCGAGGCCGAAAGUUUCUCUGCCUGCCUCGUCCAGCGAUCCGGAGCCGCGAGCAGCCGCGGGACCCGCCCGGCCCGGCAGCUCCGGGAGAAGAGAGACGGGAGCCCAUCGCAAAACAUACUGAAAAAAACCAAAACACAAAAAACCUCAAGUCAGCCCCGGGCGCGCAGGGGCAGGUCGAGGCUCUCCCGGGCUCCAUGAGGCUUCUGCUAUGACCACAGUCUCCUCGUGGAGCCAGGACUGCCCCUUGCUGCCACAGCCUCGCCGGGUCCCCGCGCCGCCCUGCCUGUCACUGGCCCCGUGUCACCAUGGGCAGUGUCAGUAGCCUUAUCUCUGGCCACGGCUUCCACGGCAAGCACUGCCGGGCCUCACAGUACAAGCUGCGGAAGUCCUCCCACCUUAAGAAACUCAAUCGGUACUCAGACGGGCUCCUGAGGUUUGGCUUCUCCCAGGACUCGGGUCAUGGCAAGUCCAGCUCCAAGAUGGGCAAGAGCGAAGACUUCUUCUACAUCAAGGUCAGCCAGAAGGCCCGGGGCUCCCACCGCCCCGAUUACACUGCACUGUCCAGUGCGGACGUAGGGGGCCAGGCCGGGGUGGACUUCGACCCGUCCACCCCGCCAAAGCUCAUGCCCUUCUCCAAUCAGCUAGAAGUGGGCUCAGAGAAGGGGGCAGUGAGGCCCACAGCGUUCAAGCCGGUGCUGCCGCGGUCCGGAGCCAUCCUCCACUCAUCCCCCGAGAGCGCCGGCCACCAGCUGCACCCUGCGCCCCCGGACAAGCCCAAGGAGCAGGAGCUGAAGCCCGGCCUGUGCUCCGGGGCGCUGUCCGACUCCGGCCGGAACUCCAUGUCCAGCCUGCCCACGCACAGCACCAGCAGCAGCUACCAGCUGGACCCGCUGGUCACCCCCGUGGGGCCCGCCAGCCGCUUCGGGGGCUCGGCUCACAACAUCACCCAGGGCCUCAUCCUCCAGGACAGCAACAUGGUGAGCCUCAAGGCCCUGUCUUUCUCCGACGGGGGGAGCAAGCUGGCCCACCCCAGCAAGGCGGACAAGGGCCCCGCCUGCGUCCGCUCCCCCAUCUCCACGGACCAGUGCACCAUCCAGGAGCUGGAGCAGAAGCUGCUGGAGAGGGAGGGCGAGCUCCAGAAGCUGCACCGCAGCUUCGAGGGGAGGGAGCUGGCCGCCGGCCAGGCCUACGAGGAGCGGCCACGGCGCUGCCCGGAUGAGCCGGAGGGGCUGGAGCCCAGGGGCAAGCUGAAGGCUGCCUCCCAGAAGAGCCAGCGCGCCCAGCAGGCGCUGCACCUGCAGGUGCUCCAGCUCCAGCAGGAGAAGCGGCAGCUGCGCCAGGAGCUCGAGAGCCUCAUGAAGGAACAGGACCUGCUGGAGACCAAGCUCAGGUCCUACGAGAGGGAGAAAACCAGCUUCGCACCCGCGCUGGAGGAGACGCAGUGGGAGGUGUGCCAGAAGUCCGGCGAGAUCUCGCUCCUGAAGCAGCAGCUGAAGGAGUCCCAGACGGAGAUCAACGCCAAGGCCAGUGAGAUCCUCAACCUGAGGGCGCAGCUGAAGGACACGCGGGGCAAGCUGGAGGGCCUGGAGCUGAGGACGCAGGACCUGGAGGGCGCCCUGCGCACCAAGGGCCUGGAGCUGGAGGUCUGCGAGAACGAGCUGCAGCGCAAGAAGAACGAGGCGGAGCUCCUGCGGGAGAAGGUGAACCUGCUGGAGCAGGAGCUGCGGGAGCUGCGGGCCCAGGCCGCCCUGCAGCGGGGCCGGGAGGCCGCCGCCGCCGCCGCCCCCGAGGACGUGCCCGCCCUGCAGCGGGAGCUGGAGCGGCUGCGCGCUGAGCUGAAGGAGGCGCGGCAGGGCCACGACCAGAUGUCCUCGGGCUUCCAGCACGAGCGGCUGGUGUGGCGGGAGGAGAAGGAGAAGGUGAUCCAGUACCAGAAGCAGCUGCAGCAGAGCUACCUGGCCAUGUACCAGCGGAACCAGCGCCUGGAGAAGACGCUGCAGCAGCUGGCCCGCGGGGACGGCGCCGGGGAGCCCUUUGAGAUUGACCUGGAGGGGGCGGACAUCCCCUACGAGGACAUCAUCGCCACUGAGAUCUGAGGGGCCUCCCGGGAGGGGGCCGGGGACUGGCCUCGGGGGGCAGGGGUGCUGAGCCCCCGUCAGCGAGGGACCCCUCCCCAUCUCCCUGCUCAGGCCUCUCUGAGAGAAGCCCAGACCUGGGAGCCUCGGGGGGAGGGGAGGGGGGAAGAGGGGCUGCAACCUGGCCUCUCUCCACUUGUCCCAAGUCCCCGCGCUCAGCAUCCCUGCAGCCCGCCAGACCUCUAGCUUUGCCAAGAGAUGAGUUGUGGGAUCUCCAUCAUUCGGUUAAGGGCUCCCUAAACCUUGGCCUUUGUUCAGAUACUUAGAGAUCCCCUUUUCCCAGGAAUGGUGGCGACUGCCGUCAAGGCCAGUGGCCUCCCCAGGACGGAACCCCCCUUCCACCGCUCUUCCCACAACCUCUUUCCCCCCAACCCCAGGACACACUGGGAUGCCUUGGGAAUAGAAUUCAGCCACUUGUGAGCAGAAGCUUGGGAACCCGACCCGGUCAUACCCCGAGCCGUUUACCCCCGGCCACAGAGGUGUAGGGGUUGCAGUGGGGUGUGGGGACCCUGGCAGGUUGCAGAAAGGAGGGAAGAACUGGGGCCGCCCGGGAGUGUCUAGACUCAGCAAGACCCAGAGAGGGUCUGAGGGAGAAGCCAGGCGCUAACAGUCAGGCCUGGAGGUGAGCAGGGUCAGCAGCCUGUGGACGGCUGGUGGCCUUCGACCUCCACAACCACUCUUCUUAAAGCCAUAGACCCAAGGUUCUGGGGUGGGUGCUGAGAAGGAGAGAUUGAGGGCGUCAUGACACAGAGAGGGUGUGACUUCCAGCUGUCCCCAGGGGAGCCUCCAGAUCUGUCCUCGUGGGACCCGAGGUGGGACUUUCCCCACCUGGGUCAAGCUGACCAGAGGUGACUCUGAUUUGUUUUUCUUUCCCGAGAACCAAGCCUUUGCUUGGAUCCAGAAUAACCUGUGUCCACUGAGAUGGCGCAGGGUGGUCUGGGCAUCCCCCGCUUUGCCCGCGGCUCCAGCCCGCUGCCCGCUAUUCCCUUUCUCACCUCCAGGGCUCAGCGGAGACGGACUUUACAGGUCAGGGAGGGGGCCCCCAGUGCCAGUGGCCAAAGAGAGUAAGAGACACCAACGCAGCCUCUGAACAGCUCCAGGGUCCCCAGCUGACCCCCCUCCACUUGCAGCCCCACGGGAGCCCCUUGUCAAGGACCCAGGGUGCCUGCUGUGGGCGGGGCCAGGGCCUGCAGGAGGCUGGGCUUCUGAAGAUGUGCGGACGUGGGGAGAAGUGGUUUCCUCAGUUGCUUGGAUCAGGGAAUUUUCUCUUCUUUUUCUUUCUUCUUUCUCCUUCCUUGUCUUUUCAGAAGCACGCCAGAUCUCACAGGCAGCCGGGCUGUUCCAUGUUCUAUUUUUGACUCUAGCCACAGCUGCUGUUCUUAGGGCAGCCAGCCCUUGCUGGAUUCCUGGGCCUCAUGCCUGCGUGCUGAGAGGGGUUCACCAGGGUGGGAGGGACAAGAAAGUCUGGGGACACGGCAGUCCCAGACCAGGGCCCCCAGUUCUGCCUCUCCGACUGACUGCUGGCCCUCAGCACCCCGGGUGGGAGUGGAGAGCACCUUCUCCUCCUGCCCCUGCCCCUCCAGGGCCACCACAUCCCUUCCCUGAGCCUGGGCUGAGGGCAGGGCCGCCUCCCCUGCUGUUGGCUCUGCCUUCCGGUCCCCGUGUUAAGUUGCGCCUGUCCUGCCUUCAUGUGACAGAGGAGCUUUUCUGGAAUUUCAAGCCAUUACCCUUAGUCUUUAGCUAGAUUUAGACCUGGAAUUGACAGGUCAAGAGUCCCCUUCCUGCCUGGAGGCCAGUACCCUCCACCGGCCACAUGCAAACCCCCAAGUCAAAGAUGACCCACUCCCUGUGCCACGGCCCUCGGUCCCUCCAUCUCCACCGGCCUGUGCCUUGUUUGAGUCCUUCCUUCCAGGGAGACUGCCCCACGGGAUAGAGAAAGGGGCAGCUUCCCCCUCCCCAGGCUGGACCCCCCUCCUCCCCCCACCAAAGAGCGGCCAAAGCCCCGUGCUCUACCCUCAAGACCACGCCUGCAAAGAGGUGGGUGCUAAGCCUGGGGGAGGGCACGGAGGGGCAAAGCGGCUCCGCCAUGGUGUGACCCUUCCCUGCCCCCUGCCGCAUCCCUGCCCAGGCCCAAGGGUGGCGGCCCCAGAGUGCAACAGUGUCCUGUAACUUAGCGACAUUGCCGCCCGCCCUGUGGUUUUUCUUCCCUUCCCUGUGCGAAAACCUCCCUGCUAUUCCCGGACCUUGCCAAACCCAGCCUCUCUGGAUGGAGGCUCUGAGCAGCAGAGGCUGAGCUAGGGGGACCGGGGGAGUCGGCCACGCGGGCCUCCAGGCAGGCGGCCUGGCCCAGGGCCAGCGGGAGCGCGCCGCCCCUCCCUCUGAGCUCUGCUGCCGGCUUCCUCUGCUCCCCAAAGGAUGAUGAAAUGUCCCGCUGUCUGCAAAGUGACAGUGGCAUCCGCACCACCUCACCACAGAGGGGACUCUGCCCCUGGGCCCUGGAGUGACCAGACUCUCACGUGGUACCCGCCUGGGGUUUCUCCUCCGGCCACUGUGUCCGGCUAACUCCUGCCGGGCACACUCGGCCCCCGUGUGCACUGAGCUCCGUGGGGACCAGGGCGCUGCCUCUCCCCUGAGCCUCCGCCCCUGCUCUCAUCCCGGCCCAGGCUGGGCCGUCCCCUGGGUGAGAGGGGUGCCCGGGGGAAGCCAGGCGGGGCUGCUGGAGCGGCAGCUGUGGGAGAGGGCUUCCCCUGCGGGAGGCUGUGCCCCUGUGUGCGCGGAGGCUGCCGCCUCCUCCGGGGUCUGCCUCCUGCGCGGCCUCUGCCUUCGGAGCGCGAAGCCCCGGCUGAGGCUGGCUGCGGAUGGACUGGCGUUUGGAAAAAUAUGUACAGAGUUAUUUUUUCUCUUGGCUGUGUCUUGUUGUUUGGUUUGCUCUGCUUCUGACAGCUUUAUUUUAUUUUUGAUGCCCCCUUUUGGCCAUGUAAACUAUUUCUGGUAAUUUUAUGUUUUUAUUUAUGAAUAAAGGAUGCCAUU